AAGCCGAGUUUUCAUGCUAAGGCGGCGUGUUGCGCCCCUCAAAUACAAGAAGAUACUUAGUUUCUCGAAAAUUCGAUAGAAUAGCGUGUAUUACAAUGAAGGAAUGUUAUUUGAAAAGUGAUUAUACAAACUACGAAACUAUACAGCUGAAAAACACGGGUGCCUUAUUGCGCGUAACCACAGGCUCAGUGAUUUUUCAAAGCUGCGCCGUUUGUCCUUCAUUGGCAAAGAUGGUGGAUGUUUUUUAUUUGUGAUUCUUAUGACGAAGGGAGAUUCUAGUUAAUGCAAUAAAUCUUUAUUAAAAAAAAAGGCGGGAGAUAGAUUUUGAUUCCAUAUAUGUCAUGAGGUUUCUUACAAAAACUUGUUCUCUCUUAACAUUGUUCGAGGCUGCGACGCUAGAAAUACAUAUCGACUUGGCAAAAUGGCGGGAAACUUAAACAAACUUAGCGUAUAUUCUCGUAGUUCAACGGUCCUUGAUAGUCUUAUCGCGGAUGACCAUUCAGCAGAAGAGAAACCAAGUCCAACGAAAAAUAAACGAGGAGGCACGAAAAGACUCUCUACAUUAGAAAGGUUGGCUCAAGAAGGGGAACGAGUCACAAAGGAUUUAAAUGCAUCUGUUGGAGAAGUUGAAGGUAGAAGGCGCACACGUAGUUCAGCACGAGGCCUAACUUCAUCAACACCUGUACCAUCUCCACCUAAAAAAGAAAAAAGGGAUACAUCGACAAAAGGUACUGGUCGUGGACGCGGGCGUCCUAAAAGGCAAGAAAAAAAUAAUGAUAAUAAUACGGAUGAAGAAGCAGCUAAUAAUAAAAGUGAAAAACAUUCUGAAGAGGAAUCUAUGAAAAUGGAUGUGGAUGAACAUAAGGAGGAAACAGAAAAAUUGGCAGACAGCGAAGACAAAGGUGUUACAAAAUUAGAAAGUAAAGAAGCUAUUGAAAAGACUCUUGAUACUAAUUUCAAAGAGGAAAAAGUUGCAGAAGAAUCAGAGAAUUUUGCAGAAGAAAGCAAGAGUUCUAGUAUCAGUGAAGAAAAAAAGGAGGAGGACAUAAAGGAUAGCUCGGAUUCGAGUCAAGAUGCAACAGACACAACAACAGAGGCACCACCUUCAUCUUCGUCAGAGUCUCAAAAUCUCUCUAAUACCAUUACUACUGAAGAAAAUAAGGAAUAACCUCCUUUUGCCUGUUUACCAACUUCAUGUACCAGGGCGGCGCACACAUUGGGGUUACAAAUCCAGUCCCCUCGUCUAUUUUAACAAAUUGACACCUUCUUGCCGAUCGUUAUUCUAAUCAGUGUACAUGAACAUUAUUUUUCUUUUUUAAUUUGCAGACGAAAGAUCAAAGUAUAUUAUAAAUUCAUUAUCAAAAUGAAUAUAUGUUUAAUUAAUGUAUUUAAUGGUAUUGAGUAUUGGUACCAUAGAGUAGUUAUUUUAAUGUAGUUUUACUUUGAUAAAAAGUAAAAUUACUUUUUGUGCACUGAUUAGUUUAAGAUGCAAAAAUGAGGUGUAGAACGUACGUUGUUCAUGUACAAUGAUAAUAUUAUUGUAAAAUAUAUUUAAUAUGGACUUAUAUAGACAAGUUGUUUUCAAAUCAGAGCUGAGGUCGGAGUCUUUAAAUAUCAGUCUUCGAGUCAGAUCUGAUGUGGAAGUAGCUGAAAUUAAUUCGUACAUAGCAAAUUACUGUAAUAUCUUAUCUUAUAUAAAUAAUGACUGAAUGAAAUGGAAUAUAUGAGAAUUAUGGUGAAACGAUUUCUCUUUUUUCAUGGAAUACAGAAAUAAAAUUUCUGAGAAACGCGUCGUAGCGUGAUAUCAAUUGUCUCCUUCCUCGCAUAAUGUUACUAAUAUCAACCGGUUCGUCGAUUUUAACAUUUUAAGUUUCUUUCAUAUUUGGUAACUAAUAUUUUAACUUUGUUUCUAUCUCUU